UACGCGUUCAAUUGAGCUGCCUCCUUCUCUUUUCGACCGAGUGUCGCUCACCGCCUGUUUGUAAGAAUAAAUUUGUCAUUUUAAAGAUUUAAAUACAUAUUUAUUUUUGGACCUGGUGCAGAGAGGCAACAGUCGGACAUCUAGAACAUGCCCAAAAACAAAGGUAAAGGAGGAAAGAACAGGCGACGUGGUAAGAAUGAGAAUGAGUCGGAGAAGAGGGAGCUGGUGUUUAAAGAGGAUGGACAAGAGUACGCCCAGGUGAUAAAGAUGCUUGGAAACGGCCGGUUAGAGGCCAUGUGUUUCGACGGUGUCAAGCGGCUUUGUCACAUCCGAGGAAAACUCCGGAAAAAGGUUUGGAUCAACACAUCAGAUAUUAUCCUCAUAGGCCUGAGGGAUUAUCAGGACACGAAAGCCGACGUUAUUCUGAAGUACAAUGCUGACGAGGCUCGAAGUCUGAAGGCGUAUGGAGAGCUUCCAGAGCACGCCAAAAUCAAUGAGACGGACACGUUCGGACCUGGAGACGACGACGAAAUUCAGUUCGACGAUAUUGGUGAUGACGAUGAGGACAUAGACGAUAUCUAACAUGGAGCUGCUGCUAAGGACGAAGUGGACUUUUGUCUGCCGGAGGAGACAGGAAGCCUGGAUUCUGACCCUCUCUCGGACCCCCGUGACUCAGAUUUAGGACUUUUAUCACUAACUAAAUGACUGCAUCACUAUCUACAAUACAUUGUUAGUUUUUAAUGUAUUUAUAUUCAUUUCACACAGAGUGGAAUUUAGUUCAAGGAUCUCUGGAUUCGCAAUAAAAAACAAACAAUUUAAUGUUUUUGUCUUGCAGUCUAUAAUUCUUGUAGCGUUCAAAAUGAUCAAGAGAAGAGUAGCUGCCUAUAACUUGCCACUCUCUGUGGGUUUGUUUGUUUGUUUGUCUUUAAUUAGCUAUUCGAUAGGUCUCUGGACAUGCAUCGAGUCCGUCUCUGAACACACAGGAACACGUUUCCUCUUUAUUUGUGAAUGGUUUUGAAACAUUUCUACUUCUUUUUUUGUUUGUUUAUUACAGAACUGCUGCAUUAAAUAAAUAAAAUAAAAAUAAAUAAAUUCGCACUGGAGAUGCACCGAUGCUUUUUGCACAGAUUCUGAUCUCAUUUUUAAUAUCUACGCAUGUCUCGUUACUCCUGUGAGUUUUUUACUCCUGUGCUCCGGAAGCUUCCCUGCUUCCGUAUAAUCAAAUGAAAUAAUAGAAACGUUUCCAUCGGUGCAUGUCUAGUUCAAAUCUGUCGAUUUUUCUUUAUUCUGAAGUGAGGCUCGAAUGUUUACUUUCUAUCAUUUGAAGAAGAAAUGGACGUCAAAUCAAUAUUUUUGUACGCAAGAAUAAAAAAUGAAUAAUUA